GAGUCCGUUCGCACUGCAGAUUCCUCAUUGGAUAUUAGAUUUGUUAGAGGACCGGAAUACUUCAGAAAGGGACUUGCACCCGUCUUGGAUGCUGGCCAGUCUACGCGGUCAAGAUCUAAAAGCAGGUGUUCGGUCAAUCAGCUGUAUCGUAUCAUUCUAGACACUGCCCGAGCGCCUCCAAUUUUCCAUCCUUCAUCCGGCUUGUUGCUCGAGGAAGCUCUUCACCGAGCGUUUGAUCGUCUGGAGGUAUCAUUUUACGCUAAGGUAAGCCUUGUUUGCACUUGCUCGCACUUGGACCUUCCCCUGUAG